UCGUUUUCAUUCCCAACCCUCUCCUUCCUUCCCCUACUUUCCAAACAAAACUCUUCUUCUCCUUCCUUCCUUCCUUCCUUCCAAAAUCAAACGGAGCGAGAGACAUGGGAGAAGAGACAAAGUCGUCGAGGUUCAGAAGGAUCUGCGUCUUCUGUGGGAGCAGCUCCGGCAAGAAACCUUCCUACCAAGAAGCUGCCAUUGAGCUCGGCAAGGAAUUGGUGGAGAGAAGGAUUGAUUUGGUGUAUGGAGGAGGGAGCGUGGGACUGAUGGGUCUCGUUUCUCAGGCAGUUCAUGAUGGUGGGCGUCAUGUUCUAGGGGUCAUUCCCAGGUCACUAAUGCCAAGAGAGAUAACUGGAGAGACGGUUGGGGAAGUUAGGGCCGUGUCUGAUAUGCACCAAAGGAAGGCUGAAAUGGCACGUCAAGCUGAUGCAUUCAUAGCUCUUCCUGGCGGCUACGGGACACUUGAAGAAUUGCUGGAAGUCAUCACUUGGGCUCAGCUCGGUAUUCACUGCAAGCCGGUGGGUCUUUUGAAUGUGGAUGGAUAUUAUAAUUCCUUGCUGAGUUUCAUCGACAAGGCCGUUGAUGAAGGCUUUAUCUCCCCAACGGCACGCCGCAUCAUCAUCUCAGCCCCAACUGCCAAGCAAUUGGUCAGACAACUUGAGGAAUAUGUCCCCGAAUACGAUGAAGUAACAUCGAAGUUGGUCUGGGAUGAGGUGGACAGACUGAGUUUCGUGCCCGAGUCAGGAGUUCCCACCCUAUGAACAGCUAGGUAACAUUUUGCUGCAGUAACAGUGGAAAAAAACGAUGCUGUCCUUUUCUCUUUCGUGGCUUUUAAGGUGUACAAGGUAUAUCAAGAAGUAUAUAUAAUGAUAGUUGCCUAAGCAGGAGGAUCUCUCUCUCACACUGAACACCGUCGAAACUCGAAAAUGUAACUGGUUUUUUUGUUGGUCUUUUGGAUCAGCUUGAGGCAGAGAUCUCUGUGUGGCAUAGAUUGUAAAGAAAAACAAAGGUUGUAAAACAGUCCCUUUUUGUUUUGAUUCUUGUGGAAUCAAAUUCCGGGAUCUUCGGAACUGUUGCCGGAAACUCAUCCAUGGUUUAUAUACUUUGAAUUUGAAAUGCAA